AGCGCUCGCUGGCUCUCCGAUGGCCGGCGAUUGUUUAAAUUGCUUUUCUAAUUAAUGCUUGGGGUAAAUAUUUGUCAGUGCAUGCAUUGCGAUAAAAAGAAGCACCGUCCAAGUUCUGGGACAAGACUGGGGAGCCACUGGAACUCUGAUUCCUUGUCUUUCCGGCGGCCACGACGCGUGUUUUCCAUUCGCUAUAGUUCCUCGAUUCGCGUGGUCGAUAGCCAAGUAUAUUUCUCUCUUUUGUUUUGAACUGUGGCGUUUCUCUUCUUUGUCCAUCAAUUUGACUCAAGAACGGGCAGCUACGUCAUCGUCACAAGUUGCGUCACCAAUCGCUCUUUGUCGCCGCUCUUUAUCACCGUCUAUUGGCAGUCAGAAUUGUUUUGCUUCGCUCUUUCGACAUGAGCGCCGACUUGGAUAUCCUGGACGUGGUGGCCGGCAGCGAGGGUCCUCCCUUACAGGCCUUUCGCAGCAGCAAUCCCUUCGACGAGUCCUUCCAGAGUCCAGAUCAGGCCGACCUGGACCUAAACCUGGAGCGGGCACGGGACCGGGAUGCCAAUCACACACCGCUGCAGCUACUGCGGCGAGCCAGCGAAACGGUGACCGCCAGCAUCCUGGAGCCCGAGAAGGAGCACCUGCUGGGCGGGCGGCCCCAGCCCCCACCUCGCUCCCACCCUGGAACCACCCCGAUCCCAAUGUCAGGAGCCUCGGAAGCUAAGCGCGGCAGACAGCAGCCAAAUCAGAGGCAGCUGCAACAGCAGCAACAGCAGCAGCAGCAGCAAUACAACAGCAGAGUACUGGCGCCAGGUGACAGGAUGACGCAAGGAACUGGCAACGGCAACGGGAACGGGAGCACGGGCACUGUGCCGCAGGGAGUUGCACAGUUGCAAGGCGACAACCUACCCACUACUCCGCUGCAUACCAAAUUAGACAUACAGAGGAUACCGGAGGAUGCAGGCGGCGGAGAUGCCACACAAAACGCUGCAACAAUAAUUUUAACGCCGACAUCAUUAAAUUUAACAAAUACAACACAAAAUGUUGCCGCCAACAAUGCGGGCUCCGGCUCUGGCUCCGGCUCCGGCUCCGGCUUGCCAACUACGGGCGGAGUUCAUGGCGACGAGUACAAAGGACCCAAGUGGUGGCGCUAUUUGGUUCAACAUUGGGUAAACACUUCCGAGCAUGUGGCUCUGCUGGCCAUAUUCCUGGGACUGUGGGCCAUGGCCUGGGUCCUGCUGCCGGACUUCUCGGAGCCGCAGACAGUCAUCAUGCGCAUUGCAUUCCUCUUCGUGGGCGCCCAGGUCUCCGGCAUCCUGGUGACCUUCAUCCACCUGCCCGACAUGCUGGGCAUGCUCUUCUUCGGUGUGCUCUACACCAAUCUGGGCCUGGCCAAUUUCGAAGGCUAUCAGCGAUUCGAAUUGUUUUUGAGGGAAAUGGCUCUGAUCAACAUUAUGCUGCUGGCUGGUCUGGGACUCGACGGGGACGCCUUCAAGCGACUGUGGUUCAUGAUUCUCCGCCUGACGCUGCUGCCCACAAUUGCCGAAGUGGCAGUCAUUGCCGGUCUGGCCUACCUCACCCUAUCCAUGCCCUGGCUGUGGGGCAUCGCAUUGGGUCUGGUCAUCACCGCCGUCUCCCCGAAUGUGGUUGUCACCGUGAUGCUGAAGCUGAAGGAGGAUCGACUGGGCCUCAAUAGUGGCAUCCACACGCUCAUCUAUGCCAUGACCACAUGCAACGAUGUGGUGGCCAUCUUCAUGUUCGGCGUGAUAAUCAGCGUAAUAUUCUCCACGACCUCGCUCACCCAACAAGUGCUGCAGGGACCCAUUGGCAUCGGGAUUGGACUCGUUUUUGGCUAUCUCUAUGGCACUAUGCUCCAGAACUUGCCGUCCCGCAACGCGACCUACGCAAAUGGGCUGCGCUUCGUCCUGACCAUCUUGGGAGGCACCAUCGCCGUGAUGGGCAGCCGAGUCAUUGGCUAUACGUCAGCCGGCGCCCUGGGUUGCGUAACGACAGCCUUUAUUGCAAGGAUUGGAUGGCGGCGGGAGGAGAACAAGCUGACACCGCAGCAGUUGCAGGCCCAGCAAAUUGCAAGUGUGCCCAAGCGCCUGGACCUCCUGUGGAAGUUCCUCAAGCCCGUCUCCUUCGCCCUCAUUGGCAAGGAAAUUAAUUUCAACGUGCUGGAGGGCCAUGUAAUCGGUUAUGGGGCCUUGUUGGUCCUCGUCGGAAGUUUGUUUCGCUUGGCUUUUGCAUAUUUAUCCACAUAUGGCGGAAAUCUGUCGAGAAAGGAACGUGCCUACAUUACAAUUUCCGGUUUUCCCAAAGCAACUGUCCAAGCUGCUCUCGGACCGGUGGUUUUGGACCUGGCCCGAGCUGCUACCACGGCCAACGCCGAUCUGCUGGCCCUGGCCAGCAAUGUGCUCAUCAUCUCGGUUCUGGCGAUUAUCUUCACAGCUCCAUUGGGCGCCAUACUCAUGCUGCGCCUGGCGCCGCACUGGCUCAAGCACGGCGAUGCCGUGGAGGCAGUGGACUCACCGACCACGCCCACGCCCACGGGCCAGGUAAACGCAUUCAAGAGGACAUAGCAGCUGGAGGAGUGACCCCUCGGAUCUGGGGUUGACCCUUCGCCGAAAGUUGUAAUCCAAAUGUGCCGAUGCCGCACUUAGCCAGCAAGCCUCUCAGUACUUAUACUUAUGUGUACUUAGGUAAAACUCAUUGCAAAUAAAAGUAACUGCUUAAAGUUA